AAAAAAAAUGGCUGCGCCGGUGACUGAUUCUGUUCGUGAAAAGGCUUUGGCAGACUACAGAAAAAAGCUCCUGGAGCACAAAGAAUUAGAGGCAAGACUCAAAGAAAUGAGAGAAAAUGCCAAAGAGUUAAACAAACAAUAUGACAAGUCUGAGAAUGAUCUGAAGGCACUGCAGAGUGUAGGUCAGAUAGUUGGUGAGGUGUUGAAGCAAUUAACAGAGGAAAAGUUCAUUGUAAAAGCAACAAAUGGGCCAAGAUACGUGGUGGGCUGUAGGAGGCAGUUGGACAAAAGUAAGCUGAAGCCAGGGACUCGAGUGGCACUGGAUAUGACUACAUUGACAGUAAUGCGAUACUUACCACGGGAGGUGGAUCCAUUGGUUUACAAUAUGUCUGUGGAGGAUCCAGGAAGUGUUAGUUAUAAUCAGAUUGGUGGACUUGGGGAACAGAUCAGAGAACUGAGAGAGGUAAUAGAACUUCCAUUGAUGAAUCCUGAGUUAUUUCAAAGGGUAGGAAUAACACCUCCCAAAGGCUGUCUACUGUAUGGACCACCAGGAACUGGAAAAACUCUGUUAGCUAGAGCUGUAGCUAGUCAGCUGGAUGCCAACUUCCUAAAGGUUGUAUCAAGUGCAAUUGUAGACAAAUAUAUUGGAGAGAGUGCCAGACUAAUUCGAGAAAUGUUUGCAUUUGCCAGAGAUCAUGAACCAUGUAUCAUAUUUAUGGAUGAGAUCGAUGCUAUAGGUGGAAGACGAUUUUCAGAGGGAACAUCAGCUGAUAGAGAAAUUCAAAGAACUUUGAUGGAGUUGCUGAACCAGAUGGAUGGUUUUGAUGCUUUAGGCCAGGUAAAAAUGAUUAUGGCCACAAACAGACCUGAUACAUUAGAUCCAGCUUUACUCAGACCAGGAAGGCUUGACAGAAAAAUAGAAAUCUCCUUACCUAAUGAACAGUCAAGACUGGAAAUAUUGAAAAUUCAUGCUCAACCUAUAGCAAAGCAUGGAGAAAUAGAUUGGGAAGCAGUUGUAAAGCUGUCCGAUGACUUUAACGGUGCAGAUCUAAGGAAUGUGUGUACAGAAGCAGGAAUGUUUGCCAUCAGAGCUGAGAGAGAUUAUGUAAUAGAAGAGGAUUUUAUGAAAGCUGUUCGGAAAGUAGCUGACAAUAAAAAACUGGAGACCAAACUAGAUUAUAAGCCAGUGUAAAAAUGUGUGUAAACUGACAGAUGUGCUUGGGCAACUUUUCAGGCCUAUUUGUACAAUGUACCCAUAUUUGUGAUUCCUGCAUUAUAAAAUAAAAAUAAUGAAAUAUUA